UUCAGUGUUGUAUUAAAUUGCUCCUCCAGCACCUCCUCUCCUCAUCCUCCAAACCCUCCAAUCUGUCAGCAGGAAGCUCACUUUCCCAGUUACAAGGCCAUUCUCAGCACACACUGACAACAUGCUGGGGACCCUCUGCACUCUCAUCACUGCUCUAACAUGUGUGAGAGGUGUGACGGUGGUGACACAGAAGCCUCCUGUUGUGGUGCUGAGGACAGGAGAGACAGCCACCAUGGAUUGUAACCUGGGAACUGUUACUGGUAGUGGAGUUCGCUGGUAUAAACAGAUUCCAGGAGGAGUUCCUCAGUUUGUAUUAUAUUUUUAUCACAGCCGGAGCUCUCCAAGCUAUGGUUCUGGUUUCUCGUCUCCAAAGUUCACAUCUACUCAUCAGUCACAAUCAGAUUAUCGUUUGAUCAUCAGCAAUGUGGAGGAGGGAGACUCAGCAGUGUAUUACUGUUGCACAUGGGACAGCUCUGCUCAGGAGCACGUAUUCGGACAAGGCACCAAGCUGACUGUGACAAGCUCCAGCCUCCCUCCUCCUGUCCUGACAGUCUUCCCUCCGUCCAGUGCUGAGCUCCAGUCCAACAAAGCUGCUCUGGUCUGUCUGUCCAGUCAGUCUGUGCCUUUUGCAGAUGUGAGCUGGUUGGCUGGUGGGAGUCCAGUGAGCAGCGGGAUCUCUACCAGCACCGCUGUUCAGCAAGCGGACCACACUUUCCAAAUCAGCAGCUAUCUGGCCAUCCAGACGUCAGACUGGAACAUGGAUAAGGUUUACACAUGUAAAGUGUCUUUGGGCUCCCAGACUUCAGAGAAAAACAUCCACAAGUCAGACUGUCCCACUGAAGAAUAGCAGAGGAGCAGAAUGACCAUUUCAAAGCUGCUUCUUUACUCUUUGUGCUGUUUGCUCAUUACAAGGUUCACAUGCUGGAAAAGAUGUGUGUGCAUGCUUGUAAUACAUGUUGUGACCGUUAGGUGGAGGUGUUGUAUCAGCUUUGCAACUGCUGCAUUUGUCAAGACUCAUUCAAUAAAAAAUAAACAUACAAAAAAACUGUGGACAACAAAA